CUCCCGCUUCAGGGAAACCCUGCUUCCCGUCCCUUUUUGACAUUCGCCCCUCUCGAGCUCGGUAGGUAUUCCGUCCUGCUUGUGGAUGGCUGCCUAAUUAUGUUGGUUAUGGCUUUCCAUUUGGCGAGGCUGUGCUUAGUUAGGCCUUUUACCGUCUUAGUGCCCUACCCCCGGACAUCUACAUUUCUGUUAUUUGGAUGCAUAUUUCUUUUUGAUUGCCAGUAUUUCCCUUUUUCCCGUGAUUUCAGCGGACUACAAUCAUUGGAGCGUUUGUCGUUUAUAAUUUAACCGUCCUCGACAGACUCGAACAUAUCUCAUUGUCAAUCCAGCCUGAAACAUUCCCAUUCAGACAAAAAAUACACUGCACGAAAAUGGCCGAGUCAAGCCAUUCCGACGAUACUUCGAUUUUCGUUGUCCCUAUGGAAGAGUCUAUGGUGCUUGGAUCUUCCGUCAACUCGUUGGCGAGUUUUGUUGACGCAGAGAUUGUGUCUAAGCCGCCCAGGCCAUUCCUAGCUGUUCGCGGGACACAUUUUGUGACGCAGCACAGAGAAGAAGAUGACCAGAACAUCAAUAAGGAUGAUUCUAGGACAAGCACCGAAGCAGUUGCUGGUGCAGAAACAAUUGAUUUUGAUUUCAAAGUCGACUGUUCUGAGAUCAGACGUCUGCAAACUGUCGAAGCCUUUCUACAAGACGACACUUUAUCAAAAUCAUCGGCCGAGAAUAAGUCUUCUCCGGAAAGCCUUCUAAUGGAAUCAAUGAAUAACAACACCGCGGAAACGGUUGCAAAUCCAGUUCCGAGGUUAAAUCGUCAGCAACUGGAGGCUUUAUGCAGUUGUUUUUUGGCAGCGUCUGGAUACCCAUCAAAAAUACUUACAAUCCACAAGAAUACUUCUCCACGACAUACUGACAAUGACACUGUGGAGCUGUUUAUCCACGAGCUUGCAAUGGAGAUUUAUUAUGCUGGCCAUGUCACAGUUGCUACGCAUUCAGGUGACACUGUAACCAAGCUUGUACUCGGCUCGUCUGGCCAAGAAUCCUUGGAUCCUUCCUCUUCUUCUGAAAAAACAUUGCACUUGGCAAUCCAUGUUAACUGGGUAUAUCAGUGGCCUAUUAAUAAAUUUAGGCUGAAGCACAAUCAUGAGACUGAUACUACUCCUUCACCACUUCGCUCCAUACCAUCAUCCGAUGAAGAUAAUCAAGAGCAAGGAAAUGCAACACCAUCUCUUUACGAUCCCAACUUUGGCCAACCCGUUACGUACGAUCCUAAUGGCUAUGGCCUGCAUGGUUCUGGCUCCUCGCCUUUCGGUACCUGGAAUAUGUCGUGGUUCUUUCGCAUCCAGCAUGCCAUGCUCGACCGCGUGUGCAACCGUGCCUGGGUCCUUCCAGGCCAGAAGGUCAAAGGGUGGCCCAAAGACCGAGCGGGUCGAGAAAAUUCUACUGGCCAAACAAUUGUUGCGCAUCAGCCCGGUUCAACACCAGUCUAUCAAAGGCAUGUACAGAAAUGGGGCAGUGAUGAGUAAGGGUUGGGAUGAGCGAGUGAUAGGAUUCGUGUUUACGGAUUCUCUUAUCGUCCUCACCCUUUAAGGUUUUUCUUAUAAUUUCGUCGAGGUAGAAUUGGCCUUCUGUUGAGACACACUAGCCU